AAAGGUACAAUAGAACUUGUUAGUACAUUAGGUAACCAACAAAUCAGAGCUAAACUUACGAAUGUCUUAUAUGUCCCGAGUGCUAAUAACCUCAUAUCAAUCACAAGUUUAGAUAAUGAAGGAGGAAAAGUGCUAAUGGAAAAUGGUCAAGUCACCUUACAAUUAAAAGGAGGAUGUACCAUGAUAAAAGGUCAUAUGACCAAAGGCCUAUAUAAGUUAGAUACACAGGCACAAUUAUAUUCAAAGACCCGAGUACAAACUACACAGGAAAGAUUAAAAACAGAUUGGAUGACAUGGCAUCAAAGGUACGGACAUAUCAUGUGUAGUGGGCUAAAACAUUUGUGUUAG